CGAUGAUGGAUGGUAAAUGUAUUGUAAAUAUCAGAGAGAAGCCAGCGAACGAUUAAACUCUUUCACACCGGGUUUUGUACCCGAUGAUUGUCUAAUUCAAUGGGUUGAUUGUUUACUGCAAGUGCUGGAUUUAUGUUGUGUAAGACGUCCGGUUCAAUGGUCAUUCACACCAGAAAACAAACAAUCCUACAUCCUCCCACCCAUGUUCUGUUCUGUUAUUUUCUGAUAAAUAGUCUAAGGGGUGGCUUAAUUGUAAACAACUAUUGAAACCCACUCUUGCAACCGACGUGCUGCUAACAUUUACACAUAGGACCGACUUGUGCUUGAAAACAGAAGAAAAUCAGAAAAUACUAAAAUGAUUGUACUAAAGUGUUGGAUAAUAUUUGCAAUAUUUGCAGCAACUUGUUAUGCUGCCCUGGAGAUCACGCCCACGUCCCAGAAGGUUGUGGUGGGCAGCCCCGUCGUUUUCUCGUGCGUGUCGGAUGUUCCCGGAAACUACUCUUGGCUUGUGGGGGACCGUGACGCCGCCCAGGAAGGCGUCGAAGUCCGCCAGGUCGGCAAAGUGGCCGUGCUGAGGAUCAACAACGCCCAAAUCAAGCGUGAUAAACGCGUGUACACGUGCGCCGUCAGACGCCCGGAUGGCUCCUUUGAAGAGGCCCAUACUGAGAGGUUGAAGGUUCUCUCUCCAAACAGGGUGCACCCGGACUACCCGCGAGUGGCGGUCGGUAUACAGUCAGGAAGUAUGGAGAGCGGCUCCCUGGAGCUGCGCUGCUCCCUCCAGAAUCCGGAAGUCCAGGUCACGUGGCGCUGGCUAAAGGACGACUACGAAGACUUGGCGCUUCGGGAGGACGGCCGGAUAGACAUCGAUGACGACGGUCAUUUGCGGAUCAGUGACGUCACGGCGGCUGACGGGGGACGCUACACGUGCGUCGCGGUGAACAACAGGGGCAACACUUACGGGGACACCGCUAACGUCAACGUACAAAUCGAGGCACCGACUCACUGUAAGCUGGAUGACGGCGAAAUGUACAAGUUCGGGGAGACUCGACAGCGCCCAGGCGACCCAUGCACCACCUGCACGUGCUUCGAAGGCGGCCUGAUCCGCUGCCGGUCUGUCGGCUGCGUCCCGGAGCGCUGUCCCGUCGACUUCGUGUUCGCCAUGUCCAACGACACGUGCUGCAAGGGAAAAUGUGUUCCAAGACCGAACAAGCUGGAAGCGGUCUGCCGGGACGAAGACAACGCAUCUAUGUCGCUAAGCGACAGCUACACGCGGCGCAGCGACCCCUGUACCACCUGCGUGUGUUCCACAUUGGGGUUACAGUGCCGUUCCAUGGUCUGCCGGAUCUCACCCUGUCCCCCGGGCACGCGGUUGGAGCAAGACAAGAGCGUUUGCUGCAGUGCUCGCUGUGUAUCCGACGCGUCACAAUUAGAGAUGUGCUUGGACCGGGACGGCCGCACGGUAUUGCACGGCGAAGUCUACAUGCCGAACGAGGAUCCAUGUUUUCAAUGCCAGUGUGUGCAUGGAUCAGAGGGCAGGUGCUCGUCAGCCAAGUGUGCGGAACCAACGUGCACGAACUUCACACGGUCACGGGACGAAUGUUGUAAAUACACAUGUCACACGCCGGAGCAAAUUCGUGUCCCAUCAGGAUAUUGCCGAGACAUGAACGGCAGCUUCACGGUGCCUAACGGUGACGUUUACACGCCGAACCGCACAGACCCUUGCCGCACGUGUCUGUGUGAGGCCGGGUCGCCCGUGCUGUGCGCGGACAGCAUGUGCGACGAACCGCCUUGUCCAAACUACAACCUCAUACCCGGAACCUGCUGCGGCUUCGUCUGCCUGGACGAGGAAUCGGAAGAGGUGGGAGAAGUCGAAAUCGAUCUUGAAAAUAUGUGCUUGGACCGGGACGGUCGACAGGUGGCGCACGGCGAUGUCUACAUGCCAAACGAGGACCCAUGCGUGCAAUGUGUGUGCGAGUACGGGUCAAAGGGCAGGUGCGCGUCCGUUGCUUGUGCGUCACCCACGUGCAAGAACUACACAAGCUCACGUGACGUGUGUUGUAAAUACACAUGUCACACACCUGAGCAAAAUCGUGUCCCAUCAGGAUAUUGCCGAGACAUGAACGGCAGCUACACGGUGCCUAACGGUGACGUAUACUCGCCGAACCGCACAGACCCGUGCCGCACGUGUCUGUGUGAGGCCGGGUCCCCCGUUCGGUGCGCGGACAUCAUGUGUGACGCCCCGCCCUGCCCAAACUACAACCUCAUACCCGGAACCUGCUGCGGCUUCGUCUGCCUCGACGAGGAAUCGGAAGAGGUGGAAGAAGUCGAAAUCGACCUUGAAAAUAUGUGCUUGGACCGGGACGGUCGACAGGUGGCGCACGGCGAUGUCUACAUGCCAAACGAGGACCCAUGCGUGCAAUGUGUGUGCGAGUACGGGUCAAAGGGCAGGUGCGCGUCCGUUGCUUGUGCGUCACCCACGUGCAAGAACUACACAAGCUCACGUGACGUGUGUUGUAAAUACACAUGUCACACACCUGAGCAAAAUCGUGUCCCAUCAGGAUAUUGCCGGGACAUGAACGGCAGCUACACGGUGUCUAACGGUGACGUAUACACACCGAACCGCACAGACCCGUGCCGCACGUGUCUGUGUGAGGCCGGGUCGCCCGUGCUGUGCGCGGACCUCAUGUGUGACGAACCGCCUUGCCUCAACUACCGCCUCAUACCCGGAACCUGCUGCGGCUUCGUCUGCCUGGACGAGGAAUCGGAAGAGGUCGAGGAAGUCGAAAUCGACAUUGAAAAUACACCCGUUGAUAUCAAAGACCCGAUACAGCAAGAGAUGGUGCUGGGGCGAGUUUACGUGCGGCAGGUCGGGCCGUCGGGACUUCUGGUUCAAUGGACCGUGCCGGUACAGUACGAGGAGUUCGCCGACCAGUAUGCGAACUUCACCGUGUACGUUCGUGAGAAUUAUGGCCAGUCCAUGCAUGCCUACAGCCGCCCGUACCCUGCAUACAGUGGGAGGGCCUACAUGAUUCAGGUGAACCCGUACGCCGUUGGGCUUGGGUACCAUAUCACUGUAAACGGGACUGUCGGAGAGGGACCUGACGCAAGGAAGUUUGUGACCACAUCCUUGAUACACCGCCCAGCCGCCGUCCACUCUCGUAACAACAACUUAGACUUGACCGCCGCCCUUGGUCAGGUGUUCGAGUCCCGGGGAGCUGUCAAGUUCGGUCGAUACAGCCUGCCCCGGGGGUUUGAACCAGUGGCCCGCUCCCCCAGCGUACAGAACAAGGUGAACAUUGGCGCCUUCCACCGUGUGGAGAUCUCCAAGUAUGAGGAGGAGCCAUGCCAACAGAUGGAGUGCGGUCUGGUGCGGUUCUUCAUGUACAACCAGGAGGGAGAGUGCGCCAAUGUCAUGUCCCUGCUCUUCGAUAACGACCUCGACUUGGAAUGGGCAAAGGCACAUCUCUAAAAGCACACAGGAGACCUUCUAACAUAUGUGUUAUAGUCAGACAUCUUUAAUACCUUAUAACAUGUGUGCAGCUGUAAAUGUAUGCAAUCCUCAGAGACAUUCAGCAAUGAGGCCUGUGUGAAAAGGAGCAAGGUGUUUAAAGUUUGUUCUUUUUUCAUCAUUUGAUUUGUAUAUGCUUUUAUAAAUGUAGAAAAUAAAACAUAAAUCCA